UGGUCAGUAUCCGGACGGUAUGCGGUCGGCUCGCUGUGGGCCUAGCGGCGUCCUGGCCUGGUGUGCGUAGCCAAGCCAGCGUAGAGCGGUCCCCAGUAGAGUCGACGCGACCGACGCGUUCGUGCGCGCCCCGCCCCGCGCGAGCCAUGUGAUCGCAGCCCCGCCCUCGCAACCCUCCAGGACAACACCCCCGCCGCCCCCCUCCCUCACGAUGCCGCUGUACGGCGACUACUACGGGGCGUACGGGGGCUACGGCGGCGGCGGCCCCUACGGCUCGCCGUAUGGCUCCCCGUACUCGACGUCGUCCGGCUCGGGGGCCUUCUCCAAGAUGCUGUCCUCCGUGCUCAACUACGGGCUGGACGCGGGCCGCGGAGGCGUCAUCUCCAUCAGCAACCCCUCCAACUACUACAUGGACACCCGAUCCUGGGUGUCGCCCGUGUCUCCCCGCAUGGGCUACAGCUCCGGGUACCGGCCGGCGCGCCCCAAGUGGAUGGACGUGUCCGACAUCGACGUGUCCAAGCCCCGCGGCCGCAGGGCCAUCGCGGCCGCCGCCAACGCCGCCCUCAGGACGGUCUCGCCGUCGCCCUCCUCCAUGGCCGCGUCCUCCGCGGCAGCCGCCGCCCCGGCCCCGCCGCCGUCGUCCUCCUCGGCCGCGGACGGCCUGCAGGUCGACAGGGUGCGCGCCGAGCGUGCCGUGGAGCGCGCCGUGAUCGAGCGCGGCGGCACCGGCAAGUGCACCAUCAAGAGGGACCGCACCGUGGUGCGCCUCCGGACCAAGAAGGAGACCGCCGAGCAGGCCGAGCGUCGGCGCAACCGCCUCAAGACCCCGGGCGAGCGCCUCGUCGAGAAGUUCCUCAUCAAGGACAAGUCCCUCGAGGAGGAGCGGCUGCGACGGGAGGAGGAGGAGGAGAGGCAGCGGCGCCGGGCCGCGCGCCUCAACGACCACGCCAUCGUGCGCCGCAACACCCCGCGCCGCAAGUCCAGCGUGCAGGCGGACGCCAUCGCCGCCGUGGCCUCGGCGCUGCAGCAGAACCCAGCCACCGCCGAGGACGAGACCGACCAGGACGGCGCGCAGCCCGCCGACGAGACGGCCGAGGAGCAGGAGCUGCACGUGCUCGACGAGCUCAUCCUGGAUGAGAUGACACACGAGGACCCGGUGCGCAGGGGCUCGACGCGCAUCUCGUACAAGGGCUUCCCCGCGCCCGACAUCGAGGUCUCGCAGCACAAGGUGGCCCCGCACAAGUCCCGGCGCCGCAGCUCGGACCUGCUCAUGCUGGAGGACGCCAUCAGCGAGGACCCCGAGGUGGAGCCGCCGCCCAUGCCGCUGAUGCAGCGCCGCCUGUCGGUCAAGCGCCGCGGCUCGCGAGAGAUCACCGCCACUCUGCACAUCCCCGCCAUGCCCGCGUCCCUGUCCAAGAGCGGCUCCGCGUCCAAGGUGCCGGGCCUGGCGCAGAUCAGCGAGACGAGCAUGGACGACAGCGAGCUCAAGCCCACGGCGUUCAAGGGCAAGCCCGCCAAGCCCGCGUCCCCCAAGCCCGCGCUCAAGCUCGUCGACGUGGAGGUGGAGGUGACGCACUCGCCCAAGGCGCCGCGGCGGUUCGUGUACGACGUGGUGGUGGAGGGCGACGAUCCGAAGCGGGUGCCCUCCCGGAAGAUGGUGCCAAACAAGACAGUGGGCCUCAAGCUGGACGAGAAGAUGGUACUCAAGUCGAAAGUCAGCCACGUCGAAGAGGGGGAUACCGUCAAAUCCCCCACGACCCCGCCGGCCAGACCAAACACUCUGGAUCUCAGUGGGUCCGGGCUCAUCACCAAGCCUAAGGUACCAGUUGUGGAGGCCCUGAAGAGCAAGGAUGACCCACCCAAGGUUGCCACUUCGUCGCCCCAGGCAACUCCAGUCGCAGCCAAGACGUCAAAGGCAGCGGAGGUCCAAACACCUGGCGCGGGAGCGAAACCUUCGGCACAGACUUCAUCAGCGCCUAAGAGCGUACCUCAAACCCCUACGAAGACUGUACCACCAAGCCCGUCACAGAAAUCGGGUGCGGCCCAAACUCAAGUGAAAACCUCAGCAGGAACUCCUUCUACUCCUGCUGUCGUGCCGCAAACUCCUAAGACUGCUGCUCAGACCCCUGUUGCACAGAAACCUUCUGUACAAACUCCGUCCACAGUGAAACCUCCCCCUCAGACACCUGGCACUCCAGCAAAAGCCACAAGGGGAGCUGUCGAGACGCCGACAGCAGCCAAGGCGGUCAGCACUUCUGUCCAAAUUCAGACUACAACAAAGGCUAAAGUAGAAACUCCAAUGACUCCGAAGGUAAAUUUGAAAAAUAUAUCGGAUGCACUAACGAAGCAAGAUAGUGCCACGAAGAACCUUGCCCCAUCUAUUUCUGCAGACAAGACUUCCCCUCAAACUCCAUCCGCGGCUAAGCCACCUACACAAGCAGAGACCAAAGAGCCACCGCAAACGCCAUCGGCAGCUAAAAUUACUCCUCUAACUCCAACAGCGGCAAAACUUCCCCCCCAAACUCCCACGGCAGCCAAAGAUGCCCCUGAAACUCCAACAGGGGCUAAAGUUCCUGUUCAAACCCCAUCGGCAACCAAAGUUCCUCCACAAACUCCGACCGCAGCAAAGACGCCUUUACAAACGCCAACAGCAGCCAAACCAAAACCUUUCCAAAAGACUUCGUCUGUGGACACGCCUACCUUAUCGAAACCUACCCUCACAACCUCAUCUAAAUCGUUGGAUGAAGCAGAUGUCAAGCCGUGCUCUCAAACGCCAUCUGCUGCAAAGACACCUGCUCAAACGCCAACUACAGCAAAGCCUGUGGCUCAAACCCCAACAACGGCCAAGCCUGUGGUUCAAACCCCGACAACAGCCAAGCCUGUGGUUCAAACCCCAACAACAGCCAAGCAAGCGGCCGAUAGUGCCCCACCGUUGGACAAGGCGGCGCCAAAGUCCCCUGCCGGUAGUGACAAGAGCUCUCCGGGCAGCAAGGGGAAGGCGGGGGCCGCCCCACCGACCCCGACCACUCCGUCUGGAGUGGCAGCCACCCAAACCAAAAAGACUGAGGGGGAAGAAACUUCCCGCAAGGGAAAACCCCCACCCUUGUCCCGGGUACCGGCCGUGACUUCCAUCGACCUGGCAAGCCCGACGGCCACCACCCCGAAGACACCGGGGCCCAAAGCCCCGUGGUCUCCGAGCGCCUUGACCCCUGUGGCCGUGAGUAAAGGCAUCAAAUCCAUUCCAAACUCUCCACUCGACAAAAAGGCUCCACCACUGUCGCCGCUUGCAGAGGCCUUUGCCAAGAGGAAGGCCAGCUUGACGGGCGAGGCGCUGACGCCGGUGGCGCCCGAAAAGGUACUGAAAACACAGGAGACGAUCGACGAGGAGGCCGAGGCCAAAAGACGACAGGAGAAGCGCAGGAGGCGGCGGCGGCGGAAAAGGCGGGAACAGAAGAAGAAAGAGGAGGAGAAGAACAGGCGGGCGCUGAGGAUGAUUCCCGGGGUGGCUCUCGUGCAGGAGAACGGAGCCAUGGGUGCGUCCAACAUCAAUCGGGCACGCCUCCAGCAGAACUGCUUCGUGUUCCGGUCGCAGUUCAGGGACAAGUGGCUUCAGAAGCAGGAGAUGAUCAAGAAAAAGGAGGCAGAGAAGAAGAAGGCGGAGAAGGAGGCGCGAAAGGCGGCGCGCCGACGAGAGAAGCGCAGAGAGGAGGGGCUGCCGAGCAGCAGCAGCAGCGAGGGCGAGGAGGAGGAGGAGGAUGACGACAUCCUGACGUCGUCCGACGAGGAGAGCUCAUCCUCGUCGUCCACAUCCAGCUCCGGCUCGGAGGAGGAAGAGGAGACCUCGUCGGACGGGGAGGGCGAGGAAGAGGAGGAGGAAGAGGAGACGGACGAGUCGGAGGUGGGCUCCCUCAAGUCCACCACUGGGAAGUCCACCAAGGGGAAGGCCCGGGCCAGUACGUCGUCGUCCGACUCCGGGUUCGACAGCUGCCCGGCAUCGCUCCCCGGUAGUCCAGCUGCCUUGAGGCAGGCCCCGGAGCCCCGGGAGCCCGGGUCGCCGACGAGGACGCCCGCCCAGAACCCGGCGCUGCGGCUCGAGGACAGCCCGGCCUCCUCCAGGUCGUCGUCGUCGGCUGCGGCGGCGCCCAGGCAAGGGGGCCGCAUCACGCCGCCGGCCACGACCAUUCCCCGCUUCAGGAAGUACGCGGUGGAGGACUUCCAGUUCCUGAAGGUGCUCGGGAAGGGGAGCUUCGGAAAGGUGCUGCUGGCGCAGCUCGCCAACACCGAGUGCUACUACGCCGUCAAGUGCCUGAAGAAGGACGUGGUGCUCGAGGAUGACGACGUGGAGUGCACGCUGAUUGAGCGCAAGGUGCUCGCCCUGGGCACCAAGCACCCCUACCUGUGCCACCUGUUCUGCACGUUCCAGACCGAGUCGCACCUGUUUUUCGUGAUGGAGUACCUGAACGGUGGCGACCUCAUGUUCCACAUCCAGCAGAGCGGCCGCUUCGACGAGAGGCGCGCGUGCUUCUACGCGGCCGAGAUCGUGUCCGGCUUGCGCUUCCUGCACAAGAAGGGCAUCGUGUACAGAGAUCUCAAGCUGGACAACAUCCUGCUGGACUUUGACGGCCACGUUAGGAUCGCCGACUUCGGCAUGUGCAAGCUGCAGAUCUACCUGGACCGGACGGCCGACACCUUCUGCGGCACCCCGGACUACAUGGCUCCUGAGAUCAUCAAGGGCCAAAAGUACAACCAGUGCGUGGACUGGUGGUCGUUCGGCGUCCUGCUCUACGAGAUGCUCAUCGGCCAGUCACCCUUCUCCGGCCUGGACGAGGAGGACCUCUUCUGGUCCAUCUGCAACGAGCAGGCCCACUACCCCCGCUUCUUGUCCGUCGAGGCACGGGACAUCCUCGUGCUGCUGCUGGAGAAGGACCAGACCAAGCGGCUGGGCACUCCUGAGUGCACGGCUGGUGACGUGUGCCACCAGCCCUUCUUCCGGUCCAUCGACUGGGUGUCCCUGGAGAGGCGCCAGCUGGAGGCCCCGUUCAAACCAAGGCUGCAACAUCCCCUGGACGUCCAAUACUUCGACCGCACCUUCACCAACGAGCGCGCCCAGCUCACGCCCAUCGACGAGGCCAUCCUGCACUCCAUGGACCAGACCCAGUUCCAGGGCUUCAGCUACACCAACCCCAACGCCACGGACUAAAGGCCGCGGACUCUCUCAUAUCCUGCACCCUGUAGACCAGACCCACGGCCUCCGCAGGCCGCGACCCCGCCGAGCACCCGGCCCUGCGCCCACACGACGCACGCUCAUGGACUGAUUGGAAAUCGUCCCGUGAGGGCCCUCGGCGGGGCAUCGCGGUGCCGAUCGGGCCGACGAGUCGUCAAGCACUCCACGCUGCCCCCGGCUCCCCGCCCGUCCCGCGCUGACCCGGGGGAGCAAUACCGGUCAUUUGUGUCUCCUUAUCAAAAAGAAUUUUGCGAAGAAAUCUUUCAAUCGAUGAACUACUAGGUUUCCUCAUUUCGAUUCUUUGACCGAUAUACCGGUGAACGUUUUCUUUAUGUAUGUAAGUGCUCUCUUUACUCAAGUACUGUUAAUGUUAGAAUAUUUAAGAAUUCACGUUGUUUCUAAGUGGCCACUCUGGCAGUCGAUUUGUGAAUUUUCCUGUGAGUGUUGCGGGUUGAGAAUGAAAGGAAAGUGAAGAUAGUCAUUUAGAGUCAAAGGUUGUACAAAGUGUAAAUUUUGCGUAACGUGUUGUUUGAAAGUGGUGAGUUGUGUAAAUAUGAAUCUGUGUGUAAUUGAACUUUUGCAAGAUUCUCUGACAAGGUAGUUGUUGUUAACAUUUGUUAGAAUUUAUUUAUUUUCACCAAUAACCUGAGAUCGCUUGCGAAUUUAAACGGUACCAUAAUCUUCAAUAUAUUUUUUUCUUGAGCUACACAAGAUUGUGUGUAAACGUUGACCUUGUUCUCAUAAUUGAUUGAUUGCUCGCUAUGACGGUGAUAAGAUAUGGUAGCUCAGCACCUAAAUUUCACCCUAAGUUCUACAGUGCUGACUUUCACACAUGUUCUCCUGCGUCAGAAUGACGCAGAAUUGGCGUUAUUUUGCAUGUAUUUUUGUUUAGGAUUACUAGCCGCCUAAUAUAGUAUUGCGUUGUUCGAUCAUGAACAAUGCCCUUUUCCCGUACAUAGACAUUGUCAUUACCACCCCAGCUCUCAUUUGAAUCCCUUUACCUCGUUACACCUCCCUCUCGGUCUCGGCCGUGUUUGUUGUUCGUCCUCGACCCAGGAGGAUGUUUCUCACCCACCGCGGCACUUCUUAUCCUUCGAUCUUCAUAUUAGUGAUAGGCGAGUCAACUAGGACGCGUAUAUACAUUUGUACUGUACAAUUGAAAAAUAUUUAUUAAAGAUAGAAAAAGCCUA